GCUGAUCUGGCCAGCCCUUCUAGAGAAAGCCUACCUCAAAAUAAGAGGCGGCUAUGACUUUCCAGGGAGUAAUUCUGGCACAGACUUGUGGGUACUCACGGGUUGGAUUCCUGAACAGAUGUUUCUUCAAAGAGAAGACCUGGAGAUCGACAAACUGUGGACACGAAUAAAGAAUGGGCAUGAUUUUGAGAAUGUUGUCGUCACACUGGGUACUGGAAGAAUCUCGGAUGAAGAGGAGGACCUCCUUGGCUUGAUUGGCGAACACGACUAUGCUAUCAUGGACCUCGACGUUGUAGAUGGCAGCCGGAGACUUUUGGUCAAGAAUCCUUGGUGUGAUGGGCCAGUCUGGAAAGGAGGUAUUUCAAAACGUCCCGAGACUGAGCUGGCACCACAAACGAUAGACUCUCGAAACAGAGUUACACCCACUGCCGCUGGCUCGUUUUGGAUGACUCUCGAAGAUGUUCUCCAGCACUUUGAAUCCAUGUAUCUCAACUGGAACCCAUCGCUGUUCCCCCACCGACAGGAUCACCACUUCACCUGGCAUAUACCGAAUCCAGAGUUGUCUUCAUCCUUAGUCCGAAAUCCACAAUACUCGCUGCAAUCACCCACGGGUGGACCUGUCUGGAUCCUCGUCAGCAGACACUUUGUGGAUGCUGAGCUCGAUAUCUCUCGCAACAGGACCGACACCAUGGCAGCCGUCUCUGGGCAGCUUGGCUAUAUGAGCAUCCUCAUAUUUGACAACAAUGGCCAUAGGGUGCAAAUCAGCGAUGGCGACAUUUACCGUGGACCUUAUGUCGACUCGCCACAAACCCUUGCACGUUUUGACACGAGUCCAAAGAAGCGAUACACCGUUGUUAUUGAUCAGCACGAGUUUCCACUGCCCGACUACACUCUCACUCUUUCUUUUCUAUCACAAAGCCAACUUGCAGUUAAGGAGGCCGAGGAUGCAAUGACGCUCGUAAAAGAAGUAACUGGAUCGUGGACCAGAAGAUCCGCAGGGGGUAGCGCAGCCUGUACAACAUACGCUCUCAACCCGCAGUACAAAUUAUCGCUUGCUCAAGCAGGCCCUCUUUCCAUAUUACUUUCAACCAAUAUGCAGGAUGUCCACGUCCACAUUGACUUGGUCUGGUCUCAGGGCAAGCGAGUUCAGACACUCAAGGUUCGCGAUCUGGCAGGUUCAUCUGGAGAAUACCGGAGGGGUUGCGCAGUGGCAAACAUUCCGCACGUUGAUGCGGGAGUUUACACCCUGGCAUGCUCGACUUUUGAAGCAGGACAGCUUGCCGACUUUUUCCUUCGCAUCUCAUCCAUGACAGAUGUGGCUGUACAGCCUGUUCCCGCCGAUGCUGCGGGGAGGUUGCGCAAGACACUCACCCCCUUUAGACUUUCCGAUGGAGCCGAAGUCCGCCGGGCACAGAUUUCAGCUUCCUGGUUAACUCGGAUCAGCAUCACUGCACGAAGCGUUAGUAGCACUGGCUUGGAUCUUAGCAACCGGUCCUCAUCCACUCUCAUGGUCCGAGUUUCAGUGGCUCACGGCUGGGACCCAGAGCGAAACACGAUUGCAACAUCAGGUGAAGGCGAGUACGAGGAGCUCAAAUCCAUUGUGAGAACCCCAGAGUUAGACAUGGAACCGGCAAGAAUACAACGUGAGGGUAUGUGGCUGGUGGUUGAGAGUAUGGGCAUAUCUCAACCAGGAGAGUGCAUUGAAAUAGAAAUUCACAGCGACGGACCCGUCAAUGUUGGGUCUUGGGCACUCUUAUAGACAGCUCCCAAAUGUCCAAGAUCACAUCAGGAAGUCAACACGCGCAUAUACUCGCUGAAAGACACAAAUAUGCGAAAGUAAUAAGACGAUAAUGAGGGUAUCAUGUGUUGCAUAUC